AAAGUAUGGAACACACGAAAUAUAUAAUUACGAGUUUUCAUAUACAUUUACCUGCUAAUAUAGAAAAACUCGGCGGAUAUCCAGUUGUUAUUGGAGAUGGUAGCGAGUUAGGAGAUUGGGAACAUAAUACCGUAAAACUUUAUAAACCUUCUAAUAAUAACCCUACUUACUGGAGAUCUAAGGAUACUAAGAUAACAUUCUCAAAAAAGUCGAAAAUUCAAUAUAAUUAUGCUAUUUAUAUUCCUGCUGCAAUUUUUCGUAGACCCAAAAAAAUAAUUUAUGAAGGACAAAAUAGCUCAGAUGAAAGUUUACCAGAUUCGGGUAAACGUUUAUUAAAUUUAAAUUUGAAGCACCAGUUUGAUAAAUGGAUCAAUGGAAAUUGUACUGAAUUAGAACAAUAUCAAAUUGGUGAAGAUAUACCCGAUUACGCUUUUGUAGAUUAUAUUUAUAAUAAUGUCACAUCUGACAAUCUGAAAGAAAGCGUUUUAGAAUAUCAAUCAUUAUUAACCCUUCAUACGGAUCUCACAAUCAAAUUUUCUGAUUACGAGUAUAUAAUUAAUAAUAUUAAUGAAAAUUCAAAAAGAGAGCAAAAGCUGUUCUUAUGUCUUCUUUUAGGAUAUCACAUUUCAAGACAAGAUUCUUUUAUAUUAACAGAAGAUUUUAAGUCAGAAAUACUAAUUGAUGUACUUACGGAUUUUCAAAAAAAUAUUCUACCUUUAAAUGUCAACAAAUUUAUGUUUGAAGCUAUUUUACGUUUGGCCCAACACAAUGCUUUUCAAUAUAAAUUUGGUUGGCUCGUGAUUUUUAAAAUCUCAAAAGAAAUUGAUCCAACUUACUCAUUCUUGGAAAUUUUAAAAGAUCUUAAAUAUGCUCGUCUAAACUUACAAAAGUUUUCAGAAGAGGUGAAAAAAAUGGAGCCUUGUAUUAAUGAUAUUGGAUAUGAAAAUACAGUAAAAAUUGCAAAAUGGUUGGUAAAAUUAUGCAAAGAUAUAGAAUCGCUUAUUGAAGCUUGGAAUAAUCCUCUUAUUAUAAGCAAACAGCUUGAUAACCAAAUCUUACAAUGCUUCAUUGAACGAAUUCAAGAACUUAUUUCUAAGGAUGAUGUAAAUGUAUUGACGAGUCGUUCUCAAGAACUUCAAGAAUUUAAAGGGAGUGUUUCUAUAGCAGUUCGAAACCAAGCUUUAUCCUUACUUAAAGAUCCAAUGAGAGUAUGGUCACCCCUAAAUGCCCGUGGUAUUGUAAAACUUCUUCAAGAUGAUAGUCUGAACUGGAGUAGUGAAGAUAUUAUAACCUCCUUAGAGCUAGUAUCUCAGUCUCGUAACUUGGAUCUAUUAGAUAUAUUUCCCGAACUUUUAGAUUAUUGGUUCAAUCAAGGAUUUUCAGAUUCUAAGGAAAAAAAGAUAUCAGAUGUUUCUAAAACCUGGUUCACACAACAUUUAAAUAUAGUAAAUGGUGGUAAUUUAAACGAAAUAUUCGUGAUAUUUCUACAAUUAGAAUCUAUUCAUCCUUCGCUUGGAUGUCGGGAAAAUGUCUGGAAGAACCUAACAAAUAUCGUCGUGGAUAAGAUGAAGACAUAUUCAGAAUUUCAAAUAAUUAAUGCAAUAAAAAUUGUAUCCCAAAUAAAAGUGCUAGAAGUAAAAGAAUUAUUUUCAAAUAUCAUUAAAGAUAUCAUUAAAGAAAUAUUGAAUAAAACUAUUCAGCAAAUUAAUGAUCAAUUGAUCAAUAAAAUAUUAAUGAUUUGCGAUUGCAAAAGUAAAUCAUUGGUGAUUCCAAACACAGUGUGCGAGGAUAUUAUAUGCUAUAUUAUUACUAGAUUGCAAGGCCAGCUAUUACCUGAAUCUGUUGACUCAGAACCGUAUUUAAAUGUUAUACAAUCUAUAAGAUAUAAUGAAUUCUGGUUUCUCAUCUUAAAUGCUACUGGAAGUGUCGAAAAACUUUGUGCAAACUCGUGUAUUCAAAGCCUUCAAAUGUCCAUUAUUAAACUUAAUGGAUCACUUUUAGAAAAGAUGGUUGAUAUGCAAUUACUACAACGACUAUUAGAAAAUACUGACGAAAGACUGUUUCAGUACUUUAAUAAUACUAUAGGAAGAAAUUCUACAUUAGUUGUCUCUCAAGACAAAAUUGCAGAAAUUAGAAAAUUAUAUCUUGACCAUAUAAAUCAACUUGGACAACUUCUCAAGUUUUAUAGUAAAUUUUGUUCAGCUUCUCACGUAACAGAUGUAAAUAAUUAUAUUCAUGACAUACAACAGCGUAUGGAGAAUUUUGAUAAAAUAAAUUUAAAUCAAGUAUUAUUACCAGAUUAUUGGACACUUCAUAAGGAAGCCUUGGACAAUAUACAACAUAUCUAUAAACUUAUUCAAUCUCAAAGUUUUCAAAAUAUCUUUGAAGUUAAUUUUCAAAAAGAUUCUGAUGCAACGACAGUAAAAUACAUAACACAAAAAUUGUUACCAGUCGUUUUUAAAAAUUAUAGUAACAUGUGUAAAAAAUACGAGGCUUGGGAAAAUAUUAGUUGUUCAGAAGCAUUAUUAUUUUGGAAGAACGUUAAAAAUAUUAAUGCGGAAUUUGAUAUUAUCGAAGAACUUGGCUCUUGCAAAAGAAAUCCAAAAUUAAUACAAACUUUUGAAUGUUUAUUGAAAUUUCCUCAAUGGGCCGAAAGACUUGGGUACUUAGAAAAACUAUUGAAGAUUUUUCAAAUUAAACAUAACGAAAGUGAUCAGUUAUUGAAAUCUAUUUGUACCAUAAAUGAUGAUUCCAUAAUGCUUGAUCAAGUAAUUCAAUUUAUUGAGAAUCUUGAGAAUAAUUUCUCUAACAAUGAAGAUUAUUGGAAUUUAAUAAAAGAAUUAUCUAAUGUUGAAGAUUUAAUAAGGAACGUUUCUGAAUACAAUGCAACAAAUUUGUUUGACGUUAUUGAUGACUAUCCGGACGGAAAUUUGGCUCAAUAUAUUACAAUUUUAUCAUUUGCCCAAGUUAAACAAAUUUUAUUGCCACUUAUCAAUAAGCAAUAUAAAAUGAGCAUUGAUGAUUUUAUGAAAGAAUUAUCGACUAUUACCGAAAGGAGUCCAGCAUUAUCGAAUAAUAUUAUUUUAUGUAAUAAUAAUAAUAUGGUAUUACAAAAUAUGUAUUAUAAGAUUAUGAAUCUUGGGCAAGAUAUAAAAGAGAAAAUUAAGAAUGUUAAGAAUGCUAUCGAUAAUGGAACUUAUAUUUUUGUAUGUGAUGAGAAAAAGGAUGAGUGUAUGAUUACACUAAAAUAUGUCUCAUAUAUGUACAAUCUUAACGAUAUUCUUGAUUUAUACAAGAAAGCAUUCUUAAUCACCACGGAUUAUAUUAAUGAUUUUGUUGAAUUUGUUGAUAAUAUUCAAAAAAUAAUAGAGAUUUUGACUAAAUUGAUGAAAAGUGGCCAUUCUGAUUAUCAAAAGUUCGAAACAGAAAUAAAGGGAGUAGAAAAUAUAAAAGAAUUUCUUAUAUCCUUAAAUAAUGAUUUGGAAAAAUGGGAUAAUUUAAAAAAUCAAGUCCAAGAAAAUUGUUAUCACUUAACAUUCUUCACUGUUCGUCAUAUUUUUGCGUUCUAUGACUAUUUCACAUCAGAGGUCAUCGAUGAAAAGAAUAAAGAUGUAUGUAAGAUGCUCAUUAAAUUUGUAAACAGCAAUGCUCAAUUACCACCUCAUAAGAAAAUCAAAGAAAUAUCUUGUGACUCUCCCGAUUAUUUUAGUAAAGUUGGUAAUAAAUUGGAAAAUAUUUUUAGAAAUAUUCCAAAGAGACGUAAGACUAAAGUAAUUCAUCAGGAAGUAAUUCUUGACGAUGUACCAUGUGAUGGAUCAUUUGUUGUCGCUUAUGAUAAUAAAUUGUUAGUUCCAAACAUAAUAAUGUCACUAUACGUUAAUAAUGGAUAUUAUCCCGAAUCAUGGCAACUUUUAUUAUGUACAUCAUCAACUACGAUGGAAGAGCUUUUAAUCUUUAUUAAAAGAUGCUUUUUUGCUUCAGAUAAUGGAUAUGAUAAUAAUUUAUUCUGUAUUGUAAAUUUAGAAUUAUUAAACUUUGAAUUACAAUAUAGCUUAGUAAACCAUAUUAAAGAAAUGCAAUUGAAAAAUUCGAACAAAAAUUAUCUAUUAGCGCUUCUGUGCCAUAGGGAUUUAGGAAUAUCUCAAUAUAUUUUAGAUCAACAUACCUUAGAUGUUCGAGAAAUUAGCGGUUUGAAUACCGAAAUAAUGCAAGAAAUUUAUCAAGAAUUAUGUCCAAAUGUAUUAUGUGUUACUUCAAAUUUAUCUGGUCAAGGAAAAACUGAAUGGAUUAAAGAAUCUAGUUUCUCUAAACAAAAAAUUCCGCACAGCUUCUUAAUUAGUGAUGAUAUGAGUUUUGAAUAUCUUAUGAAUAAGCUUAAAGAAUGCAAGCUCAAGGAAUUAGAAAGUCUUCAUAUCACUAUUUCACCAAUUGAUUAUCCAGAAAAUGUGAAUCUAUUCCUAUUUGAACUAUUAACUUUUAAGAUUGUUUCAUAUAAAGAGUUGAUUAUUUCUAUUCCACAAACUUUCAUUUAUAUUGAAAUAGCAUCAUCUGUAAAACAGAAUUGUCUUCCUAGUAUGUUGAGAUUCUUACCUUCCAAACAUCUAUCUUGGAAUAUCGAAAAUUUUAAAGCCUCACAGGAAAUAUUUAGUCCAAUUCAAGUCGUAUGUAAUUAUUUGAACUUAUAUGAUUGUGAAGAAAAUGAUGAUGAAGGAAGUUUAUUUAAUAUAUCGGAUGUUAUCAAACAUCCUUUACCAGCUGAAUUUUGUCGAAAUCUUAUUAUGAGAUAUUUUUUCAAGGGUAAUAAAAAUAUCUUAUCAUUUAGAAGCAUUGAAAUGUUCGUUGAUGUCUCGGCUGAUCAAUUGAUUAGAUUAUCAUCAAAUGAUUAUUUUACAAUAAAUAAUAUGGAAUCAAACUUAAAGGAUCCAGCUGAUAUUAAGCCAAUUACAAUUAAAUCGCUAAUAGAAAUCUCAAAAGUUUAUGCAGCUAAACUCAUUAAAACAAAAGCGGAUCUAUUAGAAUCCACAAAAGAUUGCUCCAAUACAAUUUCUCAAUGGGACAAUAUGAGCCAUAAUGUCAUAUUUUUUAAUUCUCAAGUAUCAAAUUUCUUAACUAACGUAUAUCAAGAUGGUAAAGUCUCUGAUAUUAUUGAAUUAUUAUUAAAAAGUCAAAUAACCACUGAUUCAAAAAGUUGGGAUAUGGAUAAUUAUAAUAUAAUGUCCGCAAAUAAACUUUAUAUUGAAUCGGAAGAAAUGGCUAACGAGUUAAUGCAGGAAUCAAUGUUACGAGAAUAUGCUUUGUCUAUCGAUAAUUUAGUAAAGAUGGCAUUAAUUCUUUUAAGAGUGCGCGCAAAUAUCCCAGUUGUCAUCUGUGGUGAAACAGGAUGUGGAAAGACAAGUUUAAUUACAUACUUGGCUUUAAUAUCAAAAGUUCAAUAUCAAAUACUUAAUCUUCAUGAUGGAAUUGAUGAAGAAACUAUAAUGAAAUUUAUGUCAGAAGCUUUAAAUAAAUCAGAAAAAGGCGAAAUUUGGAUAUUAUUCGAUGAGAUCAACACAUGCAAUCAUUUGAAUUUACUUGCAAAUUUAAUAUCUAAUAGAAUUUUCAAAAAUAACCCUAUACAUUCAAAUAUUAAGUUAUUCGCUACUUGUAAUCCAUAUCGUAUUUGUGAUGAUACACAAAAUGCUAAAAAAUAUGAAGAACGAAAUAAUCUUAUAUAUCAAGUCAAACCAUUACCUGAUCAGAUUUUCGAUUAUGUAUGGAAUUAUGGUAUUAUAAAAUCAAAAGAUGAAUGUCAAUAUAUUCAAAUCAUGAUGGAAAAAGAAUUAGAAAAAUUAGCACAUCCUGUAUUUGCAGAAUUAUUAUCUGCUUCUCAAGGUUUUAUUCGAAAAGUUGAAAAACCAUAUAGUGUUAGUUUACGUGAUAUAAGACGAGUUAUGAAAUUAGUAAAAUUCUUUUAUAAAUCUUUCAAAAAUCGUCCAGCUUACAAAACUGAUUAUAAAUAUCCAUUACCUGGAGAAGUAUCCAUAAUAGUUAGAACUUAUAUUUUGGCACUUAGUUUUUGUUAUUAUUUUAGAUUAUAUGAACGAGAGUUGCGUGAUCAAUAUUGUAAUGAAAUGGAACGAAUUUUACACAAUUUUGAAAUCGAUAUAGAAGACCAUAUAUUUUCUAGAGUCAUUCAUGAAGAGCAAGAAGAUUAUAUUAAUAGGAUGUACAUCCCUUCCAAUAUAGUCAUAAAUGAUGCUUUAUUAGAAAAUGUUUUAGCCAUGGUUGUUUGUAUUAUAACUAAAAUUCCUAUUUUUAUUAUCGGAGAAACAGGGUCCGCUAAAUCUUCAGCUCUUCAAUUAAUAAAUUUAAAUUUACGUGGCUCGGAAUCAAAUGAUGAUUAUUUUAAAUCAUUGCCAAAGGUUCAUGUUGUUUCAUAUUUAUAUUCUUCGAAUUCCACUUCAGAUGGCAUUGCAGAAAUUUUCGAAAAAGCUAAUAAAUAUCAAGAGAUAAACUCUGACAUUAUUAAUGUAAUUUUGCUUGAUAACGUUGGGUUAAAUUCUUCGAAUUCAUUAAAAUUACUUCAUACUUUACUUGAACCAAUUUAUCCGGCAACCGGACCUACUGUAUCAUUUGUUGGAUUAUCCAAUUGGCAUUUGGAUAUCAGUAAGAGCAAUAGAGCAAUACUUGUACGAAGGCCUAAAUUUGAUUUAAAUGACUUGGUUAAUAUAAACACAAAGAUUAUUAAAUUUAAUCAUGCAGAGGCUUCAAAUUCUUUAGCAAAAGCAUAUUUAGAAUAUAAACAACAUAAUCAAGCUUUGCCUAAUUUUUAUGGUCUUCGGGAUUAUUACGAAUUGCUAAGAAUGCUUUCGUUGGAUAAAUUGACGCCAGAAAAUAUUCAAAUAGCGUUGGCCCGUAAUUUUGGAGGAAUAGAAAAUGAUGUCAAAUUAUACAAAUUAUGGGAAAGAUACUUUGGAAAUUUUCUUAAAACGCUUACCGAUAAUAAUUCAUGGUUAUAUAAACAAAUACCAAUUACACAAUUAAUUGAAUCGAAUUUAAAUGAUUCUAAUGCACGUAAUUUAAUGGUCAUUGGUAAAAGUGGAACAAUUAUAAAUUUAUUAACCGAUAAAUUAAAAAGAAGAAAUUUGGAUCCUAUUGUAAUUUUAGGAUCUCAUUUUCCCGAUGAUCAAGAUGAUUACUACUCUUCUAAAGUAUUAAGUAAAAUUAUGACGUAUAUCGGUACAGGCAGACCAUUGAUUCUUACAAAUUUAGAGAUGAUUUAUGUAAACCUUUAUAAUUUGUGGAACCAAAAUAAUAUUGUAAUAGGAAAUAAAAAAAAUAUUAAACAAAAAGCACAUGUAGAAAACUCUAAUUUUGCGAAUCAUAUUUCAUUAAAAUGUGAAUGCAUCGUGGUUCUAGAUGAGAAGAAUUUAUGUUCAGCUGAUCCAUCUCUUCUCGAUCGUUUUGAAAAGCAAAAAUUAUCUAUUAGUGAUUUUCUUAAUGAGAAACAACGAUCAUUUGUUCAACAGCUAAAUGAUUGGGCAGAAAGAAUUUCUACUUUUGAAGAUGGUUCAUAUAAAUUUGUACAAAAAGAUUUUUUUAUAGGAUUUGAUAGUGAAGAAACACUACAAAGUUUAGUAUUGGACAUUACAAAUAAUCACGCUUAUACUGAUGAUAAUGAGAUUCUAGAAAAAUGUAAGCAAAAAUUAAUUGCAUUGACAACAUCAGAUGGUAUUUUAAGAGCUGAACGACUUAUUUUGGAUUCAGAUGAAAUUAAUCAACUUAAAUAUAUUUAUUUUAAUCAACAUCGUGAUAGUAUUUAUGAUUAUUUUGAAACUUUAUUCAAUCAAGAAAAUCUGUUGGCAAGUUCUAAAGAACAUUUAAUAAUUAUCAAUACUUUCUCUCAUGUCAAUACCGACGUUAAGUCUUGUCUAAGAGAUCUUUUAACGUGCCAAGCUUAUAAAUUAUCAAACUUUAAAAGUGAAAUUCAGCUUUCAAAUUUGGUGGAAAAUUUCUUUUUGAAAUCAACUGAUCAAAUGUUAAUCCUUCAAUGUGAUACGAUCAUUAGUAUUGAAUGUAUUAAUUUGGCCAAGUUUAUUAUUGAAAAAUUUCAAAGUGAAAUUUCAGAUAAAAAAGAUGAAGCAAAUACGCUUAUAAAAUAUGUGUGCAUAAUAAAUCAUAUUCAACGAGAUUAUAAGCAAAAUUUAAUAUUAUCUGGAUGGAAACAAAUUACAAUUGAAUUUUUAGAACCACAAAAUAUUUCAUUAAAUCAACUUUUGGAUAAAUCCUUAUAUGAUAUAGUAAAUUCGGAACUUUUUAGUAUAAUAGUUGGUUCUAUUACACCGUUUGAAAAAAUUUUGGAGGAUGAAUUAUUAUGGUGCUUAUCUUGUAUAGAAUAUCAAAUUUCCAAUGAAAGCUAUAAUAAUUACAUUAGAACGUUAAGUAAAGAAAUUUUGGAUAAUGCAAACCUCAUUCAAUGUAUAAAAGAAAAAACUUUUGAAUCAAUUUUUGGAAAUUAUAAUGAUUGGCAAUUUGAAGUAGCUAAAAAUAAAGAUUAUUUAAGCCAAUUUGCAAGUCUUUUACUAGCUUUACAAAACUAUGUGAAAAUGAUCAUUAAACAAACCAUAGCGAAAAUUCUAUAUUCACUUGAAAAAUUAUCAGCAACAAAAUCAUACUUUACUAUUGAAAAAAUUGAAGAAAAUGAAAUGAAGAUAGAUUUAUCUGAUUUAUGGAAACAAUGUUUUAUGGAUAAUACAAUUAUUAAUAUUAAUAGUUUACCUGAGCCAAAACCUUCUAAAUAUAUAAUGCCAUAUUCAGUAAUUGACGAACUUGAAUUUCCUUUUUCAUAUUAUUUUUUUAAUCAAAUUAAAUUUUAUGAGUUAUAUUAUGAUGAAGAAUUAGAUAUUUUAAGACAAGAUUUAAAUAAUAUUGAUGAGGAAUAUAAUGAAUUACAUAUCAAUUUGAUUGAAAGUCAUAUUGAAGAUUUUAAGAAUAAAUUAUUGUCUAUUCAAUCAAAUUUUAGAAUAUUACAAAAAUAUUCAGAAUUAUAUUAUAAUGAUUUUAUUAAAAUAUUAUCUCAUACCAUUAAUAAACAUAAUAAUAUAAAAGAAUUGGAUUUUAUUAUGAAGAAUAUAAAUGGAAAUAAAAUAAUUUCUAGUCCAUUACUUCUUCAUAUUUAUUGGUGGAGAUAUACGGAAAGUAUUUUAAUUCAAUCACAAUUAGUUGAAAAUUUUCCAACUAUUCUUGCAAAUAUUCAAAAAGAUUCUAAUAUUCAUGGUAAACUUGAAGAAUCACUUUUGAAAGAAGCAAUUAGUCUUAUUUUACAAAAAAUUUAUUAUAAUGAGGAAUGUAAAAAAGAAAUGGAUAUUAUUUUAUCUUUCGUUAAAAGGAUGAAUUAUACGAAAGAGCUGACAAACCUUCCUAUAUUAAAUGUAUGUAAUAAUUUAUUGAAAAUCAAGUCAAUUCCAUUAAAAAAUAUCCAAGAAAUGAUUGAUUUAGGAAAAGCUACAAACAAACAAGAAUUAAUUACUACAGAAAUAAUUGAACUAGUAUUUAACUCUUUAGACUAUAAUAAUGAAAUCAUUGUUGCUAGUAUAAGAUCUUUUAUAUUAAGUAGUCUUGAAAUUAUUCCAUUAGAAUCCAAAGUUCGUCUAAUUCUUUACAAAAAUUUAUUUUCACAAAAACCUUUUAAGUUGAUUAAUAAUAUAAUUGAAAAAAUAUUUGAUGAUGAACAUCAGCAAAAUGACGGAAUAUUUUUUACGCUAAUUAAUAAUCUAAAACAAGCAUUACAAUAUUCAAUUAGAUUAAAUGUUAUUAAUGAUUGUCUUAGUAGUAAAAAUUUGGAUACAAAUAUCAAAGAGAUCUGUUGUGAAAUGAUUCAAGCAAUUUUCAGUGAAUUUGAAUUAAAGGAAUUAAUUUCUUAUUUUCCUAAUUUUGUUGAAAAUAUCACAGAGAAUUCGGUCUUACAACAUAUAACUGUAAUUGCAUUUUUAAGGGAGUUUACAGUUAAAUUCUGGAAAGAUUAUAUACAAGAUGAAAAUUUAUUAUCUGAAUCAUCAAUCAAAAUGAUUAAUGAAUAUGUGAAAAUUAAACAUCCAUUAGUUCAAUCGUUCAAAUCAUAUUUUUUAUUUGAACAAAAAAGAUUUUCAGUAAGCACAAACCAAAUUAAAAUAAUGUCAAAUAAAUUUCCAUGGAUUGAAAAUAAUUCUAAUGAAGAAAUAACUUAUUAUUCGAAAUUUUGGGGAAUGAUUAGACAAGUGAAUUUUGAAGAUUUCCGCGCUUUCAAGUUGAAUAAUGAUAAUAAUUGUCCAUUUUUAUUAGUUUAUUUUAACCAUUAUGAAAAAUUAAAACUAAUUAAGUAUCUUUACCCAAUUGUAAAAUUUGUAAAGAUUUUAAAUUCAAAACUUGAAUAUCAAAAAUCUAGGAAAUCAGCUCAGAUGAUGACAUUUCAUGAAUUUAUUGAAGAGGAAUCUAAAGAUAAUACUGUAAAUGGAGAUUAUUUGAAAUCUUUAUUUGAAGGAUUUGCAUUAAGUUGGAAUUCUGUAAUUAAUUAUAUUGAUCAAUAUCAAUCUAAAGAAUUGCCUAACAAACCAUUUAUGAAUCUCGAAUGUUCUGUUAUUUAUGGUUUAAUUGAACAAAAAGAUGCGGGAGUUUAUUUAUGCGCAAUUUUGGAAUUUUUGAUCAAAAUGCAUAAUGAAUUUUUGGAUAGUGUUUUUUCUAUUCCAGUAGAGCAAUGUAAAGGUCUUAAAUUCCUAGAAUAUUUAUCUUGGAAUAAUUCAACUUAUUUCACUAAAUCAAUUAUGAUAACACAAGCAAAAGAAGUUAAUUUUAUUAAUUACGAAUUAGACGAAAAAAUUUUAAAAUACAGUCAAAGAAAUCUCGUGCAAGGUGAAAUGCCAUUUAUUUUUGAUUUGCAAAAAAUUGAGACGAUACUUAUUGAAGAGUUAGUAAUCAACAAAGUUUAUUUUAAAAUGGGUGAUAAUCAAUUUUAUUUAAAACAUUUUCCAUUUAAGCACGAAAUUUUUCAUAAUUCUCCAAGAAUUCUCUUCAAUAUAAAAAAUGUAUUGCAACAGGAGCCUAUUCAGAAUGAUAAAAGAAAAUUAUUUUUAGCAGCAUUACAAUAUUCACCUUUUAUUUCGGAAUUACUUUUUCUUUUUAAAACAAUUCUUUGUUUUAUAAGAGAGUUAGCAAUUAACAAUAAUGAAAUACUUAUUGAAGAUUUUGUUAAACAAUGGUUAAAAUUAUCACGAUAUAAUAUGAUGCUAACUGAUAUGUGUGAAGAAUUUUCUCAAUUUUCUCUUAAACAUAUCGUAGAAAUAUAUGAAUUAAUUGAAGAACAAGAUGCUAAUUCAAUAAUUUAUAAAAUUGAAGACAAAUUUAAAAUUCCAUUAUUAGAAGAACAGAUGAAGAAAUCAAUUAAUGAUUGUAUAGAUUAUCACAAUCACGAAGGAUUAUUAAUUUCCGCUGAAAUAUUUGCUCUUGCUUUAAAGAAAUUUAUUUAUAGAUUUUUAUUAAUUGAUUCUAAUAUAAAAAACUUAAAUUUAACAGAAUAUUUUUUGGAUUUUACUUUGAAUUUAUGGCCAAGUCAUAUUAACGAAGAAUUGGUAGAAAAAUUAUUUCCAAAAUAUUUAUUAGUAUCACAUGCUUAUAAUUGUUAUAUCUUUAUUUAUGAUGAAAUUGAGAAAAUAAAGGAAAAACAGAAUAAAGAAUUGAAAGCAAGGUUCAAUAUUAAACUUAAAAGUUAAUAUAAAUGAUAAUAGGUUGCAAUCUAGUAGUUCUAUAUUUUUUAAGUUUGGAUAGAUUAUAUUGAAGUUGUAUGUUUGUUAGUUUUAUUAAUUAUAGCAAAUAACUUGUAUACUUGUAUAUUUUUUUAUAUCUUAAAUAUUUAUUAAAAUAAAGAGUAUAUGCUUUUUCCGGUGGAGUAUUUAAAUAAUCAAACUUAAAAUCUUUAAUGAAACCACAGAAACGCGGACGUGUUA